AUGCUCUCUUUUCAUAAUGUUUGCUCAGUACCGAGCUCCUUCUGGCUCUCAGGCAUCCCAGGGCUGGAGUCCCUGCACAUCUGGCUCUCCAUUCCCUUUUGCUCCAUGUAUCUGCUGGCAGUGGUGGGAAAUGUCACCAUUCUGGCCAUGGUAAGGGUGGAGCGUAGCCUGCACCAGCCCAUGUAUUUCUUCCUGUGCAUGUUGGCCGUCAUUGACCUGGUUCUAUCCACUUCGACCAUGCCCAAACUGCUGGGAAUCUUCUGGUUUGGUGCUGGUGACAUUGGCCUGGAUGCCUGCUUGGCCCAAAUGUUUCUCAUUCACUGUUUUGCUACUGUUGAGUCAGGCAUCUUCCUUGCCAUGGCUUUUGACCGUUAUGUGGCCAUCUGUGACCCCCUACGUCAUACCACCGUGCUCACCAAUGCAGUGGUGGGACGUUUGGGGCUGGCUGCCCUCCUCCGGGGCAUAUUCUACAUUGGACCCCUGCCUCUGAUGAUCCGUCUGCGGCUGCCCCUUUACAAAGCCCAUAUCAUCUCCCACUCUUAUUGUGAGCAUAUGGCUGUGGUCACCUUGGCAUGUGGUGACAGCAGGGUCAACAAUGUUUAUGGGCUGACCAUUGGCUUUCUGGUGCUGGUCCUGGAUUCAAUGGCCAUUGCUGCCUCCUAUGUGAUGAUUUUCAGGGCUGUGAUGGGGCUGGCAACUCCUGAGGCCAGGCUUAAAACCUUGGGGACAUGUGGUUCACACAUCUGUGCCAUCCUGAUCUUCUAUGUCCCCAUUGCUGUUUCUUCCCUCAUUCAUCGAUUUGGUCACCAGGUGCCUCCUCCAAUCCAUACCCUGCUGGCCAACUUCUAUCUCCUCAUUCCUCCAAUCCUCAAUCCUAUUGUCUACGCUGUGCGCACCAAGCAAAUUCGAGAAAGGCUUCUCCAAAUCCUGAAGAUAGUAAAGUAAGAUCAGAUGA